UGUAUAAAAACAUGUCUUCACAGAAAAACAGAGCAUUUCAUUUCAUUCUAUCACAAGAACAAAAGAGAACGACGAAGAACAACAACAGCAACAAAUUUUCUAUGUCCUUUCACCAUUCUCUUUGCCAAACCAAACAUCAUCGUUUAAGAUCUUAAUUUUCAUUACUGAAUGGUUAACGCUAAGGAUCUACUAAUUUCUUUAACAUAAUUAAGGUAUUCAAUUGUUAAUUGUUAAUCAUCAAGUUAAUUCUGUUCAGAAGAGUGCAUUUUUUGGUUCAUUUUGUUGUAUUUUGAAGAUAAGCACUUAUAUGCAGAAAUUCGAAAUUCUGGAUUCUCUGAUGAAAAAGUUGUAGAUCGAAGCUUUGAAAUGUCAUUGUUAGUUAGAUUUUAGUGAAUACGAUCGAUAGUUCUGAAGAAGUUCUGGAUUUCUAUCUUCAUCUUCAUCAUCUUGGCAGGGACUUGAAAGAAAAUCUCAUUUUCUUCUGGUUGGUGAUGUGCCAGAAGAAUUUGAUUAUUCACUAAUUGGAGGAGGGAGUGAUGGAUAAGGAAUCACAUAACAACCAUGACAGCAGCAACAACAUUGCUAGCUUAAGAGAUGAUAAUAGAGACAAAAAUGAAGGAGGGGAUGGGUCUAGUUCCUUGUUAUUGAGGGCUAGCUCAGAUGGAUUCAGACAAUCAUCCACGUCAGAUUUGGUGUUACAAUGGGGGAACAGGAAGCGAUUAAGGUGCAUGAAGGUACAAGUUAAACAAGAUUCUUUAAACCCGGUUCAAAGGACAACGGUUCGAGUGGACCGGAGGGUUAUUAGAACCGAGAAAGAUACUUCAAACCGGUUUGGAACAUCCCACACUGAUAAUAACAUUGUGAAUGGUCAUAGUCAUAAUAAUCAAAAUCAGAGUAACGGGUAUCCUAGUCUUCGUCAACGUGCCCCUUCUCCACAGCAACCUCCUCCAAGGAUUCUCAGGAACACAGAAGGUUCAGGUGCUAUGAGAGGAACACAAACCAACGGACCAGAGAGGGGUGGGCAUGAAAAAAGAGGGACCCACACCCAUCACAAUGAACACAAUAACAACAAUAACAAAUCUGCAGCUUCAUCUGAUAACGCUUUGGAUGGGAAGAAAGGUGGAGGGUCAUCUUCUGGUAGUGGUGAUGCUACCCCUGCGGUGUGGCCACCAAAGUUUGUGAUUGCCUUGACUAACAAGGAGAAAGAAGAAGAUUUUAUGGCUAUUAAGGGUUCUAAGCUGCCUCAAAGACCUAAGAAGAGAGCCAAAUUGAUACAACGUACCCUCAAUCUUGUAAGUCCAGGUACAUGGCUAUCCGAUCUUACCUUGGAACGAUAUGAAGUUAGGGAGAAGAAAAUAACCAAAAAGAGACCAAGAGGCUUAAAAGCAAUGGGUAACAUGGACUCAGACUCUGAAUAGAAGAUGCAAGGAAAUGAGGAAAUGGUAUAAUAGCAAAGGAAUAGACCAAAAAAACUCUUGCUUUAUGCUGUGGCUAUUGAUGUGAGAAAUGUUGGGUUAGUGUAAAGUAAAAUCGAAUAUAAAUUAACUUGGUUUUGAUCCUGUUUUUCUCACAGCCAUGUUCAUUUUUGUUCUCCAAAACGUCUAUGCAUAAUUGUGAAUGAUAAGGAACCAAUUUUCAGCUGAAGGAUAAGCUUCAAGCUUUGGAUGUCAAAUUUACAUCUCAAUAAAAUUGCUAGAAUGUUAAAAA